AUGUUGCGAGCUGCUGAGUUGCGGCACAUUAAAUUGAACACGGUUGCAUAUAAUUCUGCGAUUGGAAGUUACAUGAAUUUUGGGGACUUUGAAAAAGCAAUAAUGGUGUAUGGGUCGAUGAGGAAACACAAUGUUAAACCCGAUUCUGUCACUUACAAUGUGUUGAUAAGUGGUUGCUGUAAGAUGUCAAAGUUCUCUAAUGCACUUGAAUUUCUCAAUGAAAUGUUGGACCUCAAAGUUCCAUUAUCACAAGAGGUGUAUUCAUCUGCUAUAUGUGCCUAUAGUAAACAGGGUCAACUUGCUGGAGCAGAAUCAAUGUUUUCCAUGAUGAAGAUGGCUGGUUUUCAUCCUGAUGUUGUCACAUAUACUGCUAUGCUACAUGCAUAUAGUGUUGCUGCUCAAACUGAAUGUCUUGUGGAAAUUCCCAAAGCUCCUCCCGGAACUGAGCCCAAUAAAAUUCUUUCCUUUGUUGGAAUGCAUAUGGAUGUUGUUACUGCCAACCCUUCUGACUGGAAUUUUGAUCCUUUUUCGCUGAGCAUUGAUGGGGAUAAACUACGGGGACGCGGAACUACUGAUUGCCUUGGGCAUGUCGCUCUUGUAGCUGAACUUAUGACGAAACUGGGAGAGACAAAGCCACAGCUGAAGUCCUCUGUUGUUGCUGUUUUUAUAGCCAGUGAAGAGAAUUCAUCUAUUCCUGGGGUUGGUGUGGAUGCAUUGGUUAAGGAUGGAUUGCUCGAUAAGUUGAAACAGGGGCCUUUAUUUUGGAUAGAUACAGCGGAUAAACAGCCUUGCAUUGGGACAGGUGGCAUGAUACCAUGGAAACUCCAUGUUACCGGAAAGCUUUUCCACAGUGGUUUGCCCCAUAAGGCUAUUAAUCCCUUGGAGCUAGCAAUGGAAGCACUCAAAGAGAUCCAAUUACGGUUCUAUAAAGAUUUCCCUCCUCAUCCUAAGGAACAAGUUUAUGGAUUUGCAACACCAUCAACAAUGAAACCAACUCAAUGGUCUUAUCCAGGAGGUGGAAUUAACCAAAUUCCAGCUGAAUGUACAGUUUCAGGGGAUGUUAGGUUGACUCCAUUUUACAGUGUAUCAGAUGUGCUGAAGAAGUUACAGGAGUAUGUAGAAGACAUAAAUGAAAAUAUUGAGAAGCUUGAUACUAGGGGCCCUGUUUCAAAAUAUGUGCUACCAGAUGAAAACCUAAGGGGAAGAAUCACACUAAGUUUCAACGAGGCAAAUUCUGGAGUUGCUUGCAAUCUUGAAUCCCCUGGUUUCCAUGUCCUAUGUAAAGCGACUGAACAGGCAGUGGGGCAUGUAAAGCCCUAUUCUAUUACUGGUAGUUUGCCACUUAUUAGAGAAUUGCAGGAUGAGGGCUUUGAUGUCCAAACUGCAGGCUAUGGCUUGAUGGCUACAUACCAUGCCAAGAAUGAGUACUGCCUUCUAACUGACAUGUGCCAGGGCUAUCAUGUGCCUUGUGCCCAUGUCAUG